CUGGAGCCGUGCAGUGUCUGUGCCAAGCCCAUCAUGGAGCGCAUCCUGCGGGCCACCGGGAAAGCGUACCACCCUCACUGCUUCACCUGCGUGAUUUGCAACCGGAGCCUGGAUGGCAUCCCCUUCACUGUGGAUGCCGGAGGCAACAUUCAUUGCAUUGAGGAUUUCCACAGGAAAUUUGCCCCGCGAUGCUCCGUCUGCAAGGAACCCAUCAUGCCCGCCCAGGGCCAGGAGGAAACUGUCCGGAUCGUGGCCCUGGACCGCGACUUCCAUGUCCUGUGCUACCGGUGUGAGGACUGCGGAGGCCUCCUGUCCGAAGGCGACAACCAAGGCUGCUACCCGUUGGAUGGACACAUCCUGUGCAAAGGCUGCAACUCCGCCCGCAUCCAGGCGCUGACCGCCAAGGCCAGCACUGACCUCUGAAGGGGCCGCCGGAGGGAUCCGGGAUCUGGCUUCCCAGGACAAACCCCCACCCCCAACAGAUUAUGCCACCUUUUCUGCACACACACAAACACACACACACACCCCAGCUGUCUAGAGUACAGGGGUCUCCAACCUUGGCAACUUUUAAGACUUGUGGGACUUCAACUUCCAGAA